AUGGGCACUCUUUUGAUGGCACCUUUUGUAAUUCCUUGUAAAUGGGAAGGAAUGGAUUUAAUGGAUUCAAGAAAGUUUGCAAAUGUUGGUGAUGCACUGAUGCUACUGCAGAAAUGGCAGGAAAUAACAAGAAAUAGCCAGCCAGUUGCUAGUGAUACUACUGUUGCAUUCUGCAAGCACACUGGAGUUUCCUGUGUCAAGUUCAAAGUGCAGGCCGAUGCCCGCACUGAACUUUAUGUAGCUCCGCUCCUGUGUAUAUAUACAACCAGUAUUGUGGCUUUGGUGACUGUUGUUCUUAUUUGCACCACCACUGCAAGAAAGCUUGUUGGCUCAGAGGGUUCUUUAGAUGGAGAUAAAAAUUUAUCCCUUGGUCACUGGGAUCUAGGAGGGCUUGGUGGAGGUGGUGGUGGAGGCUUUGGUGGAGGUGGAGGAACGAAAGGUGGUUUUGGUUCUGGAGGAGGAAUGGGUGGUGGGAUUGGAGGUGGUGCUCAAGGAGAAGGUGGAGGGUUUGGUGGAGGUGGAGGUGGUGGUGGUGGUGGAGGAAUAGGUGGUAGUGGUUCUGGUUCUGGUUAUGGAGCAGGAUUUGGUGGUGGGAUGGGAAGUGGUUCUCAUGGAGGAGGUGGAGGGUUUGGAGGAGGUGGAGGAGGAGGUGGAGGGGGAGGAACAGGGGGUGGUUCUGGUUCUGGAGGAGGAUUUGGUGGUGGGUUUGGAAAUGGUGCCCAAGGAGGAGGAGGAGGUUUUGGUGGCGGAGGCGGUGGUGGAGGCGAAUUGGGUGGAGGAUCCGGUAGUGGAUUUGGUGCAGGAGCUGGUGGUGGAAUCCCAUGA